AUGGCGGGGGGGGCUGGGGGGGGGCAGUCCGCCCCCGCCCCCCGCCGCCCCCCGCCCGGGUCCUCCGGCCGCGGGGCGGCGCUGUUGGUGGCGGCGUUCUCGCAGGCGGCGCUGGUGACGGGCGGUCCGCGCGCGCUCGCGCUGCUGCUGCGGCCGCUCGGGGGCGCGCUCGGGGCGGGGGGGGCGGCGGCGGCCGCGGCGGGAGCGGCGCCGCUCGCAGCGCUGCAGCUGGGGGGGCCCCUGGGCAGUGCCCUGAGCUCCCGCUUUGGCGCCCGCCCGGUGGCCAUGGCCGGGGGUCUCCUCUCGGGCCUGGGGCUCCUCCUGGGGGCCUUCGCUAGCCACAUGGGCCACCUCUACCUCAGCGUGGGGCUGCUGGCCGGCCUGGGUUGGGCGUUGGUCUUUACGCCCUCGCUGGCGGCCGUCGGGCGCCAUUUUGCCGCGCGCCGCGCGUGGGCCACGGGGCUGGCGGUGUCGGGCGCCAGCGUCUCGGGGUUGGCCACGGGGACGCUGGUGCCGCUCCUCCUCGACGCCUACGGCUGGCGGGGGGCCCUCCUCCUCUUGGCCGCCAUCUCCUUCAACCUGGUGGCCGCCGGCGCUCUUCUCCCACCGCUGCCGAAGCCUCCGGAGAACGCGGAGCCCCCGCCGGAGCCCCCGGGGCUGCUGGGGCUCCUCCGCCGCGGCCCUUUCCUCCGCUACGCCGUGGCCUUCGUCUUGGUGGACGCCGGCUACUACGUCCCCUUCGUCCACGGCGAGGUCCGUGCCCACGAGGUGGGCUGUGACGACCACCGAGCCGGGCUGGUGAUGGCGGCCAUGGCGGCGGCGGACGGCAGCGGCCGCGUGGCCUCGGGCUGGUUGGCCGCCCGCUCCAAGGCGCCGUUGCUCCGCCAUCUUUUCACCUGGGUGGCGUUGACGGCGUCGGUGUCGCUUCUUCUGCCUUUGGGGACCUCUUGUUGGGGGCUCUUCCCGUUGGCCGCGGCCUACGGGUUCUGCGCCGGCGCCGUGGUGCCUCUCCAGUUCGCCGGCGUGGCCGAAGUCAGCGGCGUCGGGCGUUUGGGCCACGCCAUCGGCCUCAUGCAGGCGUUCGAGAGCGUUGGGUCGCUGCUGGGGCCACCGGUGGCCGGUUGGCUCCAUGACACAACCGGAGAUUUCACUGUCUCCUUCCUCACCGCCGGAGCCUUCCUGGUGGCCGGGAGCCUCCUCAUCCUCACCCUCCCCGGCUGCCUCUGCCCCGGCGGCAACGGGGGAGACCCCACCGCCCCCACCGAUGGUCCUCAGCUCCCCCUGCGCCCCCCGGAGCCGCUCCAGAACCCACAGUAAACCUUCUCCGCCCCAUGGA